UGACUGGAACAAGACGCUUAUCACAGUAUAUAACGUUGAACUUUUUUUUUAGUGUGGCAGCAAUACCUAUUCUAUAAAUAAUCAUUUAUUGUACCUGAAAAGUAAUUGUUAAACAUGUUGAAUUUAACUUUUAAAAGUCUCAUUAGCUCUCCUUGAACAAGUGUACCUAAUGUGCUGUCUAGUUAAAAGCCUGCGUUUCCACAUAUUUUCCAAUGGGGGGCGCUGUUGGCUCAUUUGUUAGCGCGGUUGCCAGGUUACGGAGUUCGAGAGGCGCUUCUUCGCCUGCAUUUGUGUUUUUUUUCCCGCUUUUUAAGCUAAAUUAUCAGGGGGGAGAAUGUCUGAAACGGAGUCUGAGUGCAAAAGUCCGAAGGCUAAGGGUGUUUUCUCUACCAUAAUGGCGGAUGGAGACUGGUUGCUGCUCAAAGGGGAGUAUGAGAAGGCAGUGGAGAGAUUCAGUACGGCUCUGACACUAAAACCCGAGGACAAAUACUGCUACGUGGGCCGCUCCAAGUGCCACCUAAAGAUGGGUCAGUACGAAAAAGCCCUGCGGGACGCCGAAGCUUCACUUCAAGAAGACCAUUGCUUUUUUGAGGGGUUGUAUCAGAAGGCCGAGGCUUUGUACUGCUUGGGGGAAUUUGAAUUUGCACUAGUGUUUUACCACCAAGGGCUGAAGCUGCGCCCACAAGUACAUGAGUUCAAGCUGGGCAUCCAGAAAGCUCAGGAGGCCAUUGAGAACGCCGUCACCGUCCCUGCUGCCAUCAAACAGAAGCUUAAAGCAGAACUCCAGCAAAAAGAUACAGAGAUGGAAAAAGCCAAGAAACCACACACCUCCAAGUCACAAAAGAAGAGCAAAAAAUACCUGGGGGAGUUUUACGAGGACAGGAGAUAUCUGGAGAGCCUGUUAAAGGAUGAAGACUUGGGGAAAGGGAAGACGAGGAACGGUGAGCAACUGCAUGACGUCAUCCAGGGUUGCCUCACAUUCUUGGACGGCUGCGCUGACUUCUGGAACCAGCAGAAGCCCCCGCGCCAUCCACCCAAAGACCCUCAAAGACAACGAAGCAAGUGGGGCAAAAUGCCCAUCUGUUCUUCCUCAAAACCUGCAAACUUUACAGUAAAGAGCAUGUAGGACACUAACACCUAUGAUUUGAUUCAAUUUUUAUUCAUCUCAAACAAGCACAAUAUUAAAAAUAGUGUAAAUUCAAGAUCCAUAAAAACAUAAAUAAAAUAAAGCCAUGAAGAUUAAAAGAAGAUUCCAACUCUUAUUGUAAAAAAAUAAACUAAACUAAAAGCAAUACUUAGAAAAAAAAUUGCAAUUCUGAAAGAUGCUGUCCGGAUCUUAAUAGCUGAACAAUUGUAAUAUUUUUACGGCAAAUCGGUUGGUGUUUUGUGGCAAAAUAGAAAUGUUUCAUGGCAAACAAUAUUGUUUUUUUCAUGGUUUAUGUUGUGUCAUGUGGCCAAUUUUUCAUCUAAAAUUACAGUAGAUUUUUUUCUGUUCUAUUUCUAUGGGUGCUUGCUUAAUAAUAUGCCCUCGUUUUUGGUUCAAGGAUGAUUUUCUUCAGUCGCUAUUUGCACGAGGGCUAACAAUGCACAUUGGAAAACAAAGACUUUCAGCCCACAUCCUUUCAUUCCACACAUACUGCUUCACUUGUACCCACUGAAAGCUUAAAUAUACUUAUUUGUAAAAUAGCCACUAUUUACAGAAAGUGUGCUGCAAAGCAUGCUAGAAAGUACGUGGCUUCACCAUCGCUACAGUAUUAUUAAUAAUGUAUCAUUGCCAUUGCUAUAAUU